GCCAUCCAAACCCCUUGAAACGGAAAUCCUAGCUGCAGGAUUUAGUGUUUGCCCAGCAGGGUUUCAGUCUUGCCUUGGUUGAAUCUUUCCUCACUUUCUUGAAAAGGAAAUGUGUAUUCUGUACUUUGUGUGUUGUGUAGACAUAAUUUGUUUUUUUUAUUUCACAAGGUAACACUGUCAAGAGAUCGCCUUCAGUGUGAGAAGAGACUUUGUGUAUUCUAGCAGGGUUGGCUCUGUUCAGAGUAUGGCCUCUUUGUUACUAGACUAAUUGCAUUUUGCCUUAUGGGUCGAGUGUGAACCUCUCAUGGCCUGUGUCAAAAUGUGGGUUGAAUGAAAAAUCUCUCGAGUACAAAGAUGCGGUUGAGACUUUUGUUUAUGGUCUGGGGUUUUCAUAGGGCGCCUCUAGGAUAAUGGUCUUUUUUGGAGUACAUUAGUUUCUGGGGUGGCUGCUGAGUGUUUCUACCCUGAGCACACUUGUCUUCUUUCUGUGGUUGAAACUGAGCAGCCCCUGUCCUUCUCAUGCCGCCACGACAUAACAAUCAUAACAGACGUUGUCCCUAAAUAAUGUAAAGUAAAACCGAAGUAAUAGGUUUCCUUGCUAAGACAUUUUUCUGCCCUGAUGCUUUAAUUUUUAUACUUUUGGCUGAUGGAAUGAAGUCUUGGUGCAUGUGAAGCAUUUGCUCUAGUACUGAGCUUUACCCACUUGUUUCAAACUUUUGCAGAAAUUAUCAUUUUUUUCCCACUAGGAUGGCGUGCAUCUAUGGCAUUAAUAAUGCUCUCCUGAGUCAUUGCAUUGCAGAUAUAUAACAUUCUUCAUAUCUUUAUGCAUGUUUUAUUUUUUAACUUUUGAAAUGUGUGCAUGAGUCUGUUACUUAUAAAUAUGCAUGUGUACUGUGUGUGCCUGGUAUUUUCUGACGUCAUCAGAGAGCACUGGAUUCUCUUGAACUGGAAUUACAAAUUGUUGGGAGCUCCAAGUGAGAGCUGGGUAUUGAUGCAGGUCCUCUGCAAAAGCCACAGGUGAUUUUAACUGUUCACCCAUCUUCAUCAUACUCUGCUGGACGCAGUGACCUAUGAGGAUGUGCAUGUGAACUUCACUCAUGAAGAGUGGGCUUUGCUGGAUCCUUCCCAGAGGAGUCUCUACAAAGAUGUGAUGCUGGAGACCUGUGAGAACCUCGUUUCUAUAGGCUACAAGUGGGAAGAUCCAAAUAUUGAAGAACAUUGUCAAAGUUCUAGAAGACAUGGAAGGUACAUGAUCUGCCACUGUGGAUACAAGCCAUGUGAUCCUAAGGGGUGUGGAAAGAAGCAAUGUUCCUCUGUGUCUCCCAGAAAAAAUAGGAGAUAUGUAGUUGUUCCCACUGUGAGAAGACAUAGUGAUCAUGAUACAAGUGUAGAAUUAAUUGAAUUUCCAACUUCACUGGGAAUACUUCAACAAACACAAACUCAUGUUGGAAAAGAGCCUUGUGAGUACAAGGAAUAUGGAAAUUCAUCUGUCUGUCCUGGCUCAUGUUGCACAUGUAAUGUGACUGACACUACAGGAAAAUGUUAUGAGUGUGAUCAAUAUGGUAAAACUGUGAGUUCUUCCAGUUCUCUUCAAAGAUGUGAAAAAACUCAUAUGGGAAAAGGAUGUUGUAAAUGUGAGCCAUAUACAAAAGGCUUAAACCAUCACAGGUAUCUUCAAACACACAAAAGAAACCGUAAUGAAGAGGAACCCUGUAAAUGUAAGCACCAUGACAAAACAUUUAGUUCUGAUUCUUCUUUAAAAUUACACCAAAGAACACAUUUGAAAAUGAAGCCCUAUGAGUAUAAUCAAGGUGAUAAAGAUUUUGCAUGUCACAAUUAUCUUCAAGAGCCCAAAAUUCAUACUGGAAAGAAACCCUAUGAAUGUCAUCAGUGUGGAAAAGCCUUUGCACGUCCCAGUGAACGUAAAAUUCAUGAAAGAAGUCACACUGGAGAGAAACCCUAUGAAUGUAGUCAAUGUGGUAAAACCUUUGCAUAUCCCAGUAGUCUUCAAAGACAUGAAAGAAAUCAUGCUGUUGAGAAACCCUUUGAAUGUCACCAGUGUGGUAAAGCCUUUGUACAUAACAGUCACCUUCAAAGGCAUGAAAGAAGUCAUUCUGGAGGGAAACGCUAUGAAUGUAGUCAAUGUGGGAAAGUCUUUGCACACAACAGUCACCUUCAAAGGCAUGAAAGAAGUCACACUGGAGAGAGACCCUAUGAGUGUAAUCAAUGUGGUAUAGCCUUUUCAUCUCGCAGUAAUCUUCUCAGUCAUGAAAGAAGUCAUGCUGGUGUGAAACCCUAUGCAUGCAAUCAAUGUGGUAAAGCUUUUGCUCGUAAGAGUCAUCUUCAAUAUCAUGAAAGAAUACAUACUAGAGAAAAGUCCCAUGAACCUCAUAAAAGAGGUAAAACUUUGCACAGGAAGCAAAGACAACAUCGUUUUGGGGGUACCAGUGCCAUGGGGUGUCCACCAAGACCAUCAGCAGUGGUGAAGUGGACCCAGCCAGAGCCUAGACAAGAAGUUGUGUGUACUGCAGAGGCAGGUGCUGGUGAAGAGACUCAGGCCCUUUGGAGAGCCCCUGAAGAUUGUCAGUGGGUCCCAGUCAUUAGUAAUGGAGUUAUUUAUACUGUUGGAGUUUGUUUUUCUUUUUUUCAGAAUGUGUCUACCCUUAUCCUUCCCUCUUGAAGGGAGAGGUAUUUAAUUUUGAUUUUUUAAAAAAGCCAUAAUUGGAAGACUUUGAACUUUUAAAAGAGAUUUUGGAUUUUUAGUGAGAUUGGAUAUUUUUAAAGAAAAAUUUUAAUGUGUUUAAAUUUGUAAAGAUCAUAGGACUUUUAUUAAAGCCACAUAUGUUUUUAAUAUGAGGUCUUGGGGAUGAAAAGGAAAGGGAAGGGUGUGGCUCAGUACUGAUAUGUGUGUGUGUUAAGAUGACAAGUGGUCAGUUGUACUGGCUCCUCUUAUGUCAGCAUCACACACAAACGAGAGUUGUCUGAAUGGAGGGAAACUAAGUUGAUAAAAUGCCUCCAUAAGACCUUGUUGUAGGGCAUUUUCUUAAUUAAUGCUUCAUGGGGAAGUGUCCUGGGAUCUAUAAGAAAGCAGCUGAGAAAGCCACAGGGAACAAGUCAGUAAGCAGCACCCUGUGUCAGCGCCUGUGUCUAGGUUCCUGCCCCAUUUAGGUUUCUGUCCUGACUUCCUUCAAUGAUGAACAGCAAUAUGGAACUUUAGGCUGAAUAAGCCCAUUCCUCCCAGUCUUGAUUUUUCCUCAUGGUGUUUCAUUGCUAAAAUUUUAACUAAGAUGUCCUGUCUCAAAAAUCCCCCCCCCCAAAUAAAAGUGGGUUGUGAACAGAUGGCUCAGUUAAACAUACCGGCUAUUGUUUCAGGUGACACAGUUUCAAUUCCCAGCACCCAGAGGAAAGUUCACAACUGUAAGUCCUAUUCCAGAAUAUCUAACACACAUACAAAAUGCAUACAAACAAACACAUAUGCAUGUAAAUAAAAAGGAGAAUAUAUCACAUUAUGAAACUUUCCCUAAUGUAAUCUGAACUCAUCUACUCAGGUAACUAUUUUGUUUUCUUCUUUCUCCCCUAGAGAACUGUGUUAACAAUUACAACAAGAAGCAAUUGGCAGAGUCCAUUCACAUAGGGUUAGAAAUCAUACAGUCCUUCAGUGAACAAAUAGGGAAUUUCAUCACUUCCAAGUAAUGACAUAUUUGGGAGUUGGGGAUUUGCCUCAGUAGUACUGCUGCUGUUGGAUACCCAUGUUUGAGUCCUAGCAUCAACAUCAGAUAGCUCAGAACUACUUCUAAUACAUUGUCCUGGAUAUCUGAUGCUUCCUUGGGUACCAGGUAUACAAAUGGUUCAAAGACAGAUAUUUAUGUAUUUGUGCAUGUGUAUGCUCCAUAUUUCUAAAAGACUUAUAUAUUGUUUUGUUUUUUCCUAAAAUUAAAAUAAAUUUAGAUGUAUUGUUGGAAUAUGGUUCCAGAAAGGGGUCAUUGAAGAGAAUUCUACAUGCUUAUGUUAACAAUCCAAGAAAAGACAAGAGUCUUCAAAACAUGGCAUUGUUCUUGGGUUGUGUUUUUGUGCUCCUCCAUGGUGUAGCAGAUAGAUGUGAGUUGACUUCAGAUUACACAUUAUUGCUUGCUGUUGUUAUUCAUUAACUGUUUAAACUAUCAUUUAUAUGCCUGUAUGAAAAAACAUGUGUGUCUCAUGUGACUUGUUUUUAUCAUUGUAUACAGCUUGAAGUCAUGAGACCUUUUUUCCUCAUGUGACCUUUCUUAACCUGCAGAAUAUAAAUUGUCUUGGACUUUGAAUAAAGUUGGCUGUUGUAUGAGA